GCGUAGCUAUCACAACAUAUUCUAAAUUUUUUCUUUUUUUCCAACAUCUUCACAAUAUUUUGAAAUGUUAAUUUUUUUGUGGAAAACAUUAGAUCUUGUGGUAUGAUGGUAAAUAUGUUGAUAAAGAUCUUAAUCUCUUUUUACCUCUUCACAAACGUGCAAUGCAAUCUGGGUCCUGUCUUUGCCGUCUCCCGAUCCAAUAAUGGAUCCUUAUACCCUGCCGAAGACAUUGAUUUUGGACUUAUGAUGACUAUUAAUAUUGACCCCGAAGGGAAGGUUAAUGUUGACAUUGAGUCAAGCAUCCAUUCUGAUAGAGUUGAUAUAUUUAUUUCUGACGUGAAGAAAACUUGUUUAAUUUCAUGCGCGAACGCGGACACCAGUCAUUCUAAUAAAUGGACAUAUCAUAAAGAUAUUAAGAAUGGAAUGAGAAACCUGGUAUACUUUAAAUCUGACGAUUUUAACGAAAAUGUAGAAUCAAGAAACAGGACAUGGAAUUAUGAAAUAAAAGCUAAGAUGGCAGAUAAUCCUGGUUUAAAGAACAGCGAAAACGGGACCUUGUUAUUUACUGUAGAUGUUGGCGAAAAAUAUUUAUUUGUUCACGAAGAAAUUCUUAUUAAGGAAGAAUCAGAUAUGGAUGCUGCCGACCUUGAUAUUUAUUUUGAACGAGAAAGUAGCACACCGAUGGCUUUUAUAUUACCAGGAAUAACUCAGACAAUCAGGGCGAAGAUACGAAAUAAUGGAAAUAACUCAAUCACGAAUAUGAAAUUAACAGCUUUUCCACCAUCCUAUGUAAUACCUGUGAUCAAUAAUGGGGUAAUAGGUGGGAUUAUAAGUGAUAAAUUUUGCAAUAUUAUCAUAUCAAGCAACAAUAUCGUGGUGAAGAUACCAUAUGUUGAUGCAGCUAUACGCACCAUGUCAGUGGGUCUUGAUUUUAAAUUGCGCGAAGAUGACGAAUUCGUCGCUACACAUCUCAUAAAUGAGCCGGUACCAUUCAUGGUAUUUACUGAAAUAAAAUACUGCUCGUACGACAAUUGUACUGAUAGUUUAUCGCUUAUGAAAGUUAGAAAAGAUUCCCAUCCAUUUUUGUUCAAAAGAAGGCCCCAACUCGGAUUUAAAAGAUUUCGAUUGAAAGACGUUAAAAAUGGCGUGUGCGGAAGAUAUCAUGCUGAUGACGAGAAACUACGGUUUCUGAGUGGAAAUUGCUUUAACGUUUUUCGAAGAGAUUGGGAGUCAUCUGUUAAAGAGGUGGCUAGCGGGAAAUACUUGAGAAUCAAUAAAGAAGAAGUAAAGAUGGCGGACUUAAAACAUAACGUUGUUUUCAAGUGUUCGAAGAUCAUGGAACUAUCAUCGUUUAACUACAAGGUAUCGCAGCAGGUUAUGAAUAGUGUUGGCACAGCUUCCUCUGGAAUCGAAUACCGUGGCAAUGAUACGUCUCUUUGCCAGAACAAAACGGAUAUACAAUACAAACUGCUGCCAGUUUGGGAUAACAUAGAAGAGUUGCAGUUGCGUAGUGUUUUAUCAUUCACUUUUGAUUCUUAUCAAUACAUUGUGGUGUGCAACCCAACUGGUGAUUUGGGAAACAAGUUCAACUGCUUUUACACAAGUGUUGUUGAAGGAGCGGUGAAAUCGUGGACAGCAUUGAGUUCUUAUAUCACAAACGUACUGUUCAUUGAUACAGCCAAAAAUAUGUUAUAUGGAAAAGGCAACAGAGGAAGAAAUUACUUUCAACUAAAUUUACCCGACCUCACCCGAGUGUUUAACGUGCAAGAAAGUAAUUAUCUGGCUGCACAUGGUAGUCCCACCGCAGUACCCGCCUAUCGUUUGGAUCAGGGUGGCUUGACACACGCCGUCCACAGCACUCCCUUUACCAACGUUGGAGUUUCAAUGGGCGGUGUCCAUUACUCUGAUGGAGCUGGAGGGUGGAAAAAAGUCUUCGUUUUCGGAGAUUAAAACUUCAGAAAGUAUUAUCAAGUUCAAAUACAGCUGCAGUGAAAAAAGUAAAAUGAACCUGGAUAUAAAACAAGAACAAUUUAUCAUUUUUUUUCCAUAUUAUUUUGCACGUGUAAAUUGACAAUAUCAAUUUAAGUUUCUACACUACAAGAAGGAUAGCUAAACCUUUUAACUAAAUUCUAGACAUGAUUUUUUUCUUUAAUAGCCUUUAAAAAGCUCAAAUUGUCAGUUUAAAAAUCGUUGAAGAAUGUGCUAAGAAAAUUUUUAGCUUACCCAAAUUCAAACCUUUUAGCAAAAAACCUGAAUGCUAAAAUUACCUUUUUUGACAAACCUGCAAUCCAUGUAAACGCUUUUUGGCAAUCCUGUCUUCCCCAAUGACGCUUCUUUGUAGUACCUAAAAAGUGACCGCUUGACGAUCAGCCAUGAUUCUGAUAUAUUUGAAUUUAGGUAGUGAAAAAACGAUGCCUAUUAUCGACGUAUACCAAAGUCAUUGUUCAAAAUACUCCUCUUUAUCUAAUCGAGGCCUAUUUUAUAUUUGUCACAGCAUUUACGGUAAACGUAUCUUUAAUUAAUUGCUAUUCUGACAUGGUUACUCAGCCAAUAGUUACGUGGCUAUUAACGAACAGACGAACAGAAAAUCAAAUAUAUUUGCUACGUAUGCACCAGUAUAUUAUGCACUUGUUUGUUAAAAGAAAAAAGGAAAGUGUUUACGCUUUUGUUUUCACGGUUUGCAUGAAGCAUAUUGACCCGGUG